AUGAUGGUCAAAGCCCAUCCACGACCAGCCACAAACAGAGCCGACCUCCCACUCCACGCCACCAAAGUCGUCGGAAAGCUCCACCGCAACCCUCGUUGCAAGAGGAAACACCUCACGAGACCGACACUCCAGGACCAGUGUCCGAGCGAAAUGAGUCCAAGUGGUUAUACUGCUGAAGUUACAAGUCUGUCCUCAAAUGCGUCUGAGAAGGAUGUCUAUGAUUUUUUCGCUUUCUGUGGUGCAAUUGAGCAUGUUGAAAUUGUCAGAGCUGGUGAAUAUGCAUGCACAGCCUAUGUGACAUUCAAAAAUCCUCAUGCUCUAGAAACCGCUGUCUUGCUCAGUGGUGCUACUAUCGUGGACCAACCUGUCUGCAUAACCCGUUGGGGACAUUACGAAGAUGACUAUAAUAUAUGGAAUCAUCCAUCAUGGAGGAUUGAAGAUGAAAGUAGUAGUACAAGUAUGCACGCCCAACCACUCCGAGUGGUCCCGUCUGCUGGAGAAGCCGUCUCCCUAGCCCAGGAUGUGGUGAAAACAAUGGUUGCCAAAGGGUAUGUGCUCGGGAGAGACGCGUUGGGGAGAGCCAAAGCAUUUGACGAGUCCCACCGGGUGUCGGCCACUGCCGUUGCCAAAGUCGCGGAGCUGAGCGAGAGGAUAGGGCUGACCGACAAACUGUUUGCCGGGGUCGAGGCGGCUCGGUCGGUCGAUCAGAGGUACCACAUUUCAGACACCACGAGAACGGCCGUGUCGGCCACCAGCAGGACAGCACUCUCCGCGGCCAAUGCUGUAGUGAGUAGCAGUUACUUCUCAAAAGGGGCACUCUGGGUGUCGGGUGCUCUGAAUCGGGCAGCUCAGGCGGCCGCGGAUCUGGGGAACCGUGGAGGUUCAGCAAAAUGA